AUGAUGGUAAAAACAGUAAGGUCGAAGGGGGAGGCAGGAGGAAGUAGAGACGGUAGUUGGCGGCGAGGAGCUGCUUUAGUAGCCCCCUCGUCGAUUCUUUCUUCUUUUUCUGGCAACAUAUCUCAAAGAUGGAGGCAAAGAGAGAUAGAUCGGAGAAACACAACAGUUAUCCCUCAAUUUGGCUUAAUUUUACGAUACUCGAUCUCUACUGCCUCUAAAAGAAGAACCAACCAACUGGAACACUACUCACUCGUUCGUCCUCUCGAACCCAUUGUUGUCUCUAUUAGAAAAAUGCAAAUCAAUGACCCAAAUGAAGCAAAUCCAGACGCAAAUGAUCAUAACGGGAUUAAUCUCAGAUGGGGUUACUAUGAGAGCGAAAAACCGGAAGAAAGUCUUUUGUUAUAUAAGGAGAUGUUGACAAAAAGCAAAGGAUCGCGACCAGAUAAUUACACAUAUCCCUUGUUGCUUAAAUGUUGUGCCAAAUUGUCUUCAAUUCAGAUGGGUUUGGGGGUUAUUGGGCAUGUUAUUCAUCUGGGCUUUGAUUCUGAUAUUUAUGUGAACAAUUCCGUUAUUCAUUUCUUGGUGUCAUGUGGGGAAUUAGAUAAUGCACAGAAGGUGUUUGAUGAAAGUUUUCUUAGAGAUUUGGUGUCUUGGAAUUCAAUCAUUAACGGGUAUGUUAAGAGUGGGAAGCCAUGGGAGGCCUUGAGAUUGUUUCAUCAGAUGAAGAAAGAGGGGAUUAAGCCAGAUGAGGUUACAAUGAUAGGGGUGAUAUCUUCUUGUGCUCAACUCGAAAACUUGAAUCUUGGGAAAGAAUUUCAUCAAUAUAUAGAACAAAAUCAAAUAAAGAUGACAAUUCCACUUGUCAAUACCUUAAUGGACAUGUACGUGAAAUGUGGAAAUAUAGAAGCUGCAGAAAGUUUAUUCAAUAAAAUGGCUAACAAAACCAUUGUGUCAUGGACCACCAUGAUUGUUGGUUAUGGAAAAUACAGCCAUGUAGAAGCUGCCAAGAAACUGUUCGAUGAAAUGCCUGAAAGAGGUGUUGUUCAAUGGAAUGCCAUGAUUGGUGUUUACAUUCAAUCCAAACGUUACAAAGAUGCAUUAGCAACAUUCCAAGAAUUUCAAGCCACAAUGAUUAAACCCGAUUGGGUGACUAUAGUUCAUUGCUUAUCCGCAUGCACACAACUUGGAGCACUUGAUCUUGGAAUUUGGCUCCAUCAUUACAUCACAAAACACCAUCUUCCUAUAAACAUAGCCUUAGGCACUGCACUAGUCGAUAUGUAUGCUAAAUGUGGCAACAUAGCAAAAGCACUCCAAGUGUUCGAUGAAAUGCCUAACCGAAAUUCCCAAACAUGGACAACCAUAAUCGUUGGUCUAGCUUACCAUGGCAAUGCUCAUGAUGCGGUUUCAUGUUUUUGGGACAUGAUCAAUGUUGGCAUUACACCAGACGAUGUGACAUUUGUAGGUGUCCUUUCUGCUUGUUGCCAUGGUGGUUUGGUGAAUGAGGGUCGCAAGAUUUUCACACAAAUGAGAUCAAAAUUCAAUGUUUCUCCCAAAUGUAAACACUAUUCUUGUAUGGUGGACAUUUUGGGUAGGGCUGGUUUGCUUGAAGAAGCCGAAGAGGUGAUCAAGAGUAUGCCAAUUGUUGCGGAUGAUGGUGUUUGGGGAGCAUUGUUUUUUGCUUGUAGAGUUCAUGGGAAUGUUGAGAUGGGUGAAAGAGCGGGUUUUAAACUACUUGAAUUGGAUCCUAGUGAUAGUGGGAAUUAUGUGUUGUUAGCUAAUAUGUAUAGGGAAGCAAAGAUGUUUGAGAAAGCUAUGGAGGUGAGGAAGUUGAUGAGGGAAAGAGGUGUAGAGAAGACUCCUGGUUGUAGCUCAAUUGAGGUUAAUGGAAAUGUUCAUGAGUUCAUUGUUAGAGACAAAUCACACCCUUAUUAUCAAGAAAUAGUUGAAUGUUUGGUUCAUUUAGCAAAGCAAUUCUAA